CUUAGAUGGUUUCAAAUUUGAACGCUAAAAUCGAUCAACUGUCAAACAAUACGUUAGGAGUAAUAUGGUGCAAUUUUCCCUUUGUUUCAUUACUUUAGCGAUUGAUAAAUCGCUGAGAAUAUCUGAUACGUACACGCAAUUUCUUUAAGCAAUUUUUAUUUCAUAUAAUCUAGCGAUAAGUAAACAAAGAAUUAACAAUGUUUACACCAUCAAAAUUAACGGGGACAGAUUUUGUCGAUAUGACUGUAUUAAAUACACCCCAGCCACAAGCAACUUCCACUGUUCAAAGAAAAAGCACAUUAGAAAGUAAAUUUAUUAAUAAAAAUGUUAAUGAAGCAGUGUACAAACAAUUAGUCACACAUAAAAAUGAUGCAACAAGGAAAUCUGAUGAAUCUUCUCUUGGUAUAAUUAACAAUAUAUCAUCUUUAUUAGCUGAUGUAAGCGAAGUAGGAGACCUAGAAAAGCAAAGUGACAGUACAGUGGAUGUAGAACGUGAAUUUGCUAGGAGGUUGCUGCAGAGGUGUAGCGAUAUAAAAGCUACAUCUGUUGCAUAUGACACAAACAAAGAAAAUAAUGCCAAUAUCCAAAACUUAUCUGCUAUACCUUCAGUUGUUCUUGAUCAGGGGCGAGCUUCAAGUUUUAAUCAAACAAGUUCUCAGGGUGAAAGUACUUUGCAUGCAUCAGUUGAUAAAACAAGCAGUGUCGUUUUUGAACCAAACGAGAUAAGUGCACGAUCGUCAGAACUAAGUAGAAGUUCGGAAAAAUGUCGGUCAUCCACUUCAAGCAAAAAUGCAAAUGCAAUAACAUUUGAUGCAACCACUGCUGAAUUAAUGUCUCAAUUUAAUAACGAAGAAUUUCGUCCGGCUUCUGAAAUGGCCAGUCAGUUACUAGCUGAUGAGCUAUCUUGGCAGCAAAAUUACCCCUAUGCGCUUCCUGCAACAACUUCUACUGAAAAAGAAUAUUUAAAUUUAUCUUGCUUCUCUGGUAUCAUCGGUGAACUGGAUUUAUCAGUAGAAUCUUGUGCUGGGCGCAAGGUAUCUGUAGAUGAAUUUUUCAGAAGAAAAUGUGGGAAUUUCGGCGAAUUAUCGGAUGAUGCCAUGGCGAGACCAAGUUUCGGUUUAUCUAUAACUAGUCCAAACAAGAAAGGUCAGCUGGUACCACUAGUUGAUUCUACUAUGAUGACAGAAGGGUCUUCAGUUGGAUCGUAUGCUGUUAAAGAUAAAACUCAACAAAAUAUUCCAAAUACUACAAAAGAUAUGGAAGAACAAAGUAUUAUGAGUUUGACUAGUAUUGCCCAAGUACUGCAGGAUAUAGAUAAUGGUACACCAAGAAGACUAGUAGAUCAGCUUAUAAUGGCAAAGAAAAAGAAAAAACCUAUGCAGAUGCAAGACGAGAAUGUGCCCAGAGAUACCUACACGUUGUUGCCUUUAGGUCGAAAAUCUAUGCCUGUUACUCCAAGUAGAAAGACUGAAAAUUUUAGUAAAGAUGUGAAGUCGUUGAAUUUUUCACCGAAAUUGUCCCUGGAUAGUAAAGUUGCCAACGAAAUGGUAAAUGUUAAACAUUCAGUUCCUAGAACACUGUCGUUUAGUUCUAAUUCGGGUGCAAAGGUAAAUUUUGAAACCGCGUGUCAGGAACUUAAAAAGGAAAUAAAUAGCGGAAGUUCACCAUCUUCGUAUAAUAAAGAUUUUAAUUCAUUCUUGGAGGAUCCUAAUCUAUCUCUUCAGCAAUACACCAUAGAAAAAAGGGCAUCACCUCGUACUCCAAAGAUCAACACGUUACUUAAUCAAGAGGGAAAAACCAUUGAUCUUCAAAAUGAAGAAACAGGAAGAAAAGAAGACAUAAAAGAGGAAAAUGUUUCGUAUAAAGAGAAAUCAGAAAAUUCUACGCAAGAUCUUUCAAGUUCGUCAGGAACUCAGACUUCUUUAAAUAAUGUUAUCAUUGGAAAAAAUACGGAAGAACUAUGUAAUUGUGUUGUUAAUAUGUCUAGAGAAACUGAUAUCGAGCUUUUAAAUAAAAGCGAUAGGUGGGUCAUUUGUUUAUUAAGUGUAAAUCAAGUUCAAGGAGACAAACAUAAUGUUCGGCUUACGUUACCGAAGGAUGUGAUCCUUAUAAAACCAAAUUCGAAGCAACAUGCCAAGAUUGCAGUGACAAUAGUAAAAAUGAGUAAACCAAUUAUAGCCGUCUUGAACAUAACAGUAUCGGAUAUGGUAACAAGAUACGAGUGGAUUAUGAAACACAUCAUUUGUUUUAAACCGGAAGAAAUUGAUAUAAGCAUUAUAAAUCUUCCUGAAAAGAAAGAAUUAGAUUUUCAGUGUGUUAUUGAAAACAGUAUUACAGUUUUGCCUGUUACAAUAAAAAACAAGAACAACGUUGAUGUUCCUAUCAAGUUUUCUUUAUUACAGGACGAACCAGUGGUGUUUAAUUUGGAAAAUCUUAACGAAUCACAACACGUGAUGCUUAAACCUCAAGAAUUAUUUACUGCAAAUAUUAAGUGUAAAGGUAUUUUGCAAAACAAUGCAGAAACGAAACAACGAUCUUUGCAACGAUACUGUGCAACGCUAAUAAUUCAGGCAGGGAUCAACUCGGAAAAUACUAUUACAGUUGCUACCAUUCCACUUGUUGUACAAGUAGGAACUUGCAAAAUACAAGUAAUCGAUACAGAGUUGCCUUUGAUAGUCCCUUACAAACAAAGCAAACCACUAACUACAAUAAAUCUUGGAACCACACCAGUAUUAAUAUCUGCUUCAUUUGUCCAAGAUAAUGAUUCAACAAAGAGCUCGAAAUACUUUUCGAUACAGCCUGAAAAUUUACUUGUACAACCCAAUGAAACCGGUUGUUUCUUUGUUACCUAUAAACAACAGAAUUCAAGCGGUUCAAAAAUACAUGCAAAGAUUAAAUUAACCGCAGCCAAUAACGUCUAUUACUAUUCUGUAAUCGGUGAAUCAAGUCCGUGUACCGAAACAGAAAACGAUCAUUUUCGUUGUGAAACACCACAGUAUUUGUCAUCUGCUGGAUCUCCGUCGUCUCCGCACAGUAUAAUUUCAAAUAAAUCCGGAACCUGUGGCAGAAAUUCGCCUAUUAGUACAGUAUCAGGCUCAACUGUUGCCGGAGACAAAAUUCCUAUAAGAACAACUCAUGCUGCUCUAGUAUGGAACAGUAUAAAAACAGGAAAAUCAGAUAUCAAGGAAUUUACUAUUCGUAAUACAAGCAAUAAUAAAAUUAGGAUUCAAGCUGUUAUAUCGGAUAGCGAGAAAAAUUUCCGGUUUCUUCGAGAACGACAAGCUGUAGGCACAACCACUGUGCUGCUUUUACAAGGUUUGGAAAGUAGGACAUUGUCCGUUGUAUUUAGCCCCCAUCAUUUGGGUGCAGCUAGUGGAAAAAUAGUAUUUAGACAUUACGAACCUAGGAAAGAGGAUGAAUCGCGUCCUUCGAAAGUGCUAUUUCUGUAUGGCUAUGGUGGCUACAGUAAAGUUGAAAUUUCUGAAGCAUUUAAAGACACAAGCGGAAAGAUGUGGUUGUCACUAGGUACUUUAAAUUCAGGAGGUUCUUUAAAGGCAAAGAUAAAAUUACAAAACACCGGAGACUUGUGUUCAUACGUAAAAAUAAAAUUAACGCCAAAAGCUGUGUAUCCUACUAUGGUUUCAAGUUGGCAAGUAAACCCAAAGGAAUUAUUACUGAAUCCAAAGGAAAUCCAAUGGGUGACUUUAGAAUUUUAUCCGCGAAAAGAAGACUUAGCGUUGUUACAACGAUCUGAUGUAUCUCAUGUGGGAACAAUAUUAAUUACACACGGUGACGAACCAUCGCGUUGGCGAAUUCGUAGACUGUACAACAAAAUGAAAGAAACCGGUGAAUUGAGUGGAAAUGAAAACGAAGCAUUUAGAAAUAUAGUUCAUCCAAUAUGUAAAGCUUUUCCUGGAGAACGAUUAAUGUCAGAUAUUAGUUCUAUCCGAGAUUCAGUGCAAAAUCUUGGAGACCUUUGCCGUGGCAUUCGUCAACACGAGAUAAUGUUAACGAUGGAGGCAUACGCUGAUGAGACUCUAUCUGUUCUUCAGGACAACGCUGAUGAAUCACAAAUGUUUUAUUCUCUUUGUAGCGACAAUAGUCAUAUAUACGAAGGACACGGAGAAAGUUUUCUACCCUCUGAAACGUUUGUAGGAAAUAAUACGCUUCAAAAUGAUAUGAAUACCGGUAAUUUCAUGAUUAAUCCAUCCAUCGUAAUUUUAUCUCCGCCGACAAAAACAGAAGCAAUUGUAACAAUAAGAAGUUCUUGUACUGUAGCACAACCGUUUGAAACUUCUUUAUCAAAUACAGAAUAUUUAAGUGUUGUCCCUGCCGAGGGAAUGAUACCCACGAGAAGAGAUUUUCAAUUAAAAAUACAGUGCAAACGAAAAGUCGAACGCAACUUUGAUGCAGUUCUUGAAAUUUAUACAGAGAACAACAAGUUUGAUGUACAGAUAAGGGUCAAUGUUAAACGAUUGUAAAUUGAUACGUUAAUUUUAAAGAUAUUUAUUAUAUAAAAUAUACUGUAAUUUUGCAUUUUUA